CUCCCUGCCAGUAGCGGCCGGGUGGAGGAGCGCGGGCGGGCGGCGCGGCGUCCUUAUCAAUGGGCUGGGCGGCUUAGCGCGCUGCCACCUCUUCCGAGGAGAAGCAGUCCCGGGGCUCGCCGCGGCUUAGGUGGCCCUGCCAUGGCUCCUCCGGCCGCGGCUGCCGGCCGGGGCGCGGGACCCUGCGGAGGACGCUGAGCCCCCGGGCCGGGGGUGCGCACAGGUGCGCGGCCGUCGAGGCGCCCACGGGGAGAGCGCGGGGCACCAUGCGUCCCCGCCCGCUGCUGUUGCCGUUGCUGCUGCUGCUCGCCUGCGCUGCGCACACCGUGGGCGCCCUCCCCCGACUGUGUGAUGUGCUCCAGGUGCUUCGGGAGGAACGGGACCAGUGCCUGCAGGAACUCUCCAAAGAGAAGCCGGGAGACCUGGGUGUGGAGCAGCCGGCCUCAGGUUGCGAGGGGCUGUGGGACAACAUGAGCUGCUGGCCUUCCUCUGCCCUGGGACAGACUGUGGAAGUGGGGUGCCCACAAUUCCUCCGGAUGCUCACAGGCAGAAACGGCUCCGUGUUUCGAAACUGCACAGAGGACGGCUGGUCAGAAGCCUUCCCUAGGCCUGACCUGGCCUGUGGGGUUAAUGUGAACGACUCAUCCAACGAGAAGCGGCACGAGUACCUGCUGAAGCUGAAGGUCAUGUACACCGUGGGCUAUAGCUCCUCCCUGGUGAUGCUCCUGGUUGCCCUCAGCGUCCUCUGUGCUUUCCGGAGGCUCCACUGCACCCGCAACUACAUCCACAUGCACCUGUUUGUGUCCUUCAUCCUGCGUGCCCUGUCCAACUUCAUCAAGGACGCGGUCCUCUUCUCUUCGGACGAUGUCGCUCACUGUGAUGCCCACAGGGUGGGCUGUAAGCUGGUCAUGGCUUUCUUCCAGUACUGCAUCAUGGCCAACUAUGCCUGGCUGCUGGUGGAAGGCCUCUACCUUCACACGCUCCUCGUCAUCUCCUUCUUCUCAGAAAAGAAGUGCCUCCAGGGAUUUGUUGCCCUCGGAUGGGGUUCCCCAGCUGUUUUUGUUGCUUCGUGGGCCAUCAGCAGGCACUUUCUGGAAGAUGUUGGGUGCUGGGACAUCAACGCCAACGCGUCCAUCUGGUGGGUCAUUCGAGGGCCUGUGAUCCUCUCCAUCCUGAUUAAUUUCAUCCUUUUUAUAAACAUCCUAAGAAUCCUGAUGAGAAAACUGAGAACCCAAGAGACAAGAGGAAAUGAAGCGAACCAUUAUAAGCGCCUGGCCAAGUCUACCCUCCUGCUGAUCCCCCUCUUCGGAGUCCACUACAUCAUCUUCGCCUUCUCCCCAGAAGAUGCCAUGGAGGUCCAGCUGUUCUUUGAACUGGCCCUUGGCUCAUUCCAGGGCCUGGUGGUGGCCGUCCUGUACUGCUUCCUCAAUGGGGAGGUGCAGCUGGAGGUUCAGAAGAAGUGGCGGCAGUGGCACGUCCGUGAGUUUCUACUGCGCCCCGUGGCCCUCAACUCCAUCUUCAGCAAUGGCACCAGCGGCCUCACCCACAGCACCAAGGCCAGCACCUCAGAGCAGAGCGGGGGCACCUGCAGGGCCAGUGUCAUCUGAGAGGCUGCAGCAGGGCCACGCACGGGACAGAGACCAAGAUGGGUCACGAGAAGGCUAGACAUUGCUGCAGGACAGUCCGUAUCGGUCUUCUCAGCAGACAUCAUAGGCUUUUCUCCUGUGACCAAGAACUCCCCUCCUCUGGGCCUCGGGUUGGGGAGGGGGCUGUGGUGAGAAUUCCUCAGAACUGAUCAAAGCACAGGCACCGUGGGGCAGGACGAGGGCCUGGGAUUUGGGUCUGUUGUGUUAUGCGAAGGGCAGUUCAAGGGUUCCAGAAGGCAGGGAAAUAAACGGUAGCUGGGA